AUGUAUGAAUACCAGGCUAUAGAAGAUCAGUCCGAGGCUAUCAAAAACUUGUCCUCGAAAAGCGCAGAGGAGUUGAGACGAGAGCAAAACCGAGCAGCACAGAGGGCGUUUCGGGAACGAAAAGAAACAAAAUUGAGAGAAUUAGAAAAGAAGUUGAGUGAAAGCGAACAAAUAAGAAAAAGACUAGAAAAUGAGUUAGAUGAAAGGAGAAGAACUGAUGUGAAGUUCUCGUUCCCGAAUGGAAUGGGAAUGGAGAACACUAUGAGAAAAGGGAAACCAAUAGGGACAGAUAUGUGGUCUAAUACGUCGAUUGCUUGGGAUGGGCAAGGGCAAGGAGAGCAUGAAAUGUCAAGUGCUAUGCUAGAGCAUGAAAUGUCAAGUGCUAUGCUAGAACAUGAAAUGUCAAGUACUAUGUUAGAGCAUGAAUUGUCAAGUGCUGGAUUAGAGCAGGAGAUGCCAAGUGCUGAGUGGGAGCAAGGUGGUAAUGAUCAACUGGGGCAGAGGGUCUUCUCUGUUUUCUCUUCCUGGGAGUAUAUCUCUCGACAAGACUGUGAUGCAGUAGAAGUGAUGAAUCGAUUAAAGGGAAAAGAGAAAUGUCAUGAAUACGGGCCAGCGUAUAGUAAGGAGAGUAUAGAUGAGGUAAUAGCAUCACUAAAACACUAG